AUGGAGUCAGAUGCCGAGAGUGAUGUUGCUCCAGUCAAACGAAGGAGAGAUGGUUAUGAGAGUGAUGAUCCUAGCGGACGAUCCGACGAGUCAUCUGAAGAGAACGAUGAUGAAGAGGAAACGCCUCAAAAACAUGGGAAACGGCAUCGCGAUUUUAGGGAUGUCCGGAAUUUAUUUAUUGACGAAGCGGAAGCCGUGGAUGAAGAUGAGGAAGAGGAGGAUGAUGAAGGCGACGACGCUGAACUCCUUGGUCACGAAGAGGACGAAGCCAUCCAGUCGGCGGUGGCAUCGGCUCGCGAUCUUGAAGCCCGCAAUCGAAUGAAAGAAUUUACAGAACAAGACGUGGAAUGUUUGGAACGUUACUUUCAACAGAGAUAUGAGUCACAGAAUUAUGCCUCGCGUCGGUUUGGUGAAGGUGUUGGUAUGACUGCCAGCAUCGUCCAACAGGAAAGGGUUCCGGACAUUAAGGAUCCUAAUCUCUGGGUUGUUCGUUGCCAAAUGGGUGAAGAAAAAGCUACGGUGCUCUCUCUCAUGCGCAAAUUCCUUGCCUUUCAGCUGUCAGAUACACCUCUUCAAAUCAAGUCUGCGUUUGCAAAGGAGGGUUUGAAAGGUCAUAUAUACAUUGAAGCUUUCAAGCAAACGCAUGUUAAACAGGCUCUUGAAGGCGUUAGUGCUCUAUCAAGAGCCCAAUUCGAGCAGAAAUUGGUGCCCAUAAAUGAGAUGAUUGACGUUUUGAAUGUGGUCAAGGAGACCGCUCAGUUGAAGCCGAAGCAGUGGGUUCGCCUCAAAGGUGGUCUAUACAAGGACGAUCUGGCACAGGUGGAAAGCGUUAAAGAUGCGCAAAACCUAGUUCGGCUAAAAAUCGUCCCUAGGAUUGACUAUGACCGUAAACGAAAUCGAUUUGACGAUAAUGAAGGAGGAGAAGGUUCACCACAAGGCUCAGCACCAGUCACUCGCAAGGGACGUUGGAAGCGUCCUCCCGCCGCCCUCUUCGACCCUAGUAAGGUUGCCGAUCGCAUUAGCAACAGUGGUUCUUUCAUCGUUUUCGAGGGCAAUCAAUAUGACUCCGCUGGUUUUCUCCGAAAGGACUUUCGGAUAAAUGCGGUUAUUGCUGAUGGAAUUCGACCGACCUUGAGUGAGUUAGAACGGUUCAACCAACUGCCUGAUGGUGCAGAGCUGGCGGCUGCUGCCGCAACCAUGGCUAAUAAGGGUGCCUCCACCAAGCUGGGUGCAAAUGGUGAGGUCAUUUCGUCGGGCCACGGGUUCAUGCCUGGCGAUAUUAUUGAGGUCUGUGAUGGUGAACUAAAAAACCUCAGAGGCACAGUGCUGUCCGUGGAAGUCGACGAUAGAGUUAUCGUACAACCCAGUCAUCACGAUCUAAAAGAGCCAAUUCCCUUUAAUCCAACAGAAUUAAGGAAGUAUUUUGAACAAGGGGACCGUGUUAAGGUCAUUCACGGUCGUUAUGAGAAUGAAACGGGAUUGUUGCUCGUCUAUGAGCCAAAUUUGUGCAUGGUCCUCCCAGACAGAGGUAUGUCUGAGAUCCGUGUCGCUCCAAAAGAUCUCCGUCUGUGGCAGGAUCGAGGGGUUCCUUCGGAUGGUGGCCAACCCGAUGGCGUCCAGUUGAUGGAUUUUGUGCAAAUCGAUUCACACAACUUUGGCGUGGUAACUCAAGUUGAUAGGGAGAGCAUCUCCAUCCUCACAUGCCUCGGUAAAGUAGUUACAGUUAAAGCCAAUACUGCUCUGCGUGUUAUGAAAUUCGGUGGUCCACGCGGUGUUCAACCUCAGGCCCUUGAUCGCAAUGGGAACGUUAUUCAGAUCAAAGAUAGUGUACGUUUCCUUGAAAAGCCAUACACUGGUAUAGUUGGCGAAAUCAGAUACAUUUAUCGAUCAUGGGUAUUUGUGUACUGUCGAACACAUGUGGAGAACGCCGGAAUCUUGGUAUCCAAAUCGCGCCAGUUGGCACAGGUUGGAGGUGCAGGGAACAGAAAGGAUGGUGGAGCCUUGUCGCUUUCGCACUCGACUCGUCCCCCUGCCGUUCAGCUUCUCUCUGGCCAGCGUAGCUACAACCCCAGAGGCUCUAAUCAGUUCGACAGGUCCAUCGUUGGCAAGACGGCUCGUAUAGUUGCUGGUACUUUAAAAGGCUUGACGGGCAUAAUCUGCGAUGCCACAUCGAGUGAGGUGCUGUUGGAACUACAUUCUCAGUUUAAGAAGGUGCACGUUCUGCGUCAGAACGUUGGUCUACUAGAUAGCUCUGGCCACAUUAUUGCUGAUCAACUAGGCGCCUCUGUGCCCACUCCGAGAGCCACCUCCGUUCGCGAGGCUCGCACACCCAUGGCUGGAUCGAUGACACCUCACGCGCCGAGCAUGACUCCUCGUGCCGAUGCGACACCUCUACCGUACGCUUUCAAUCCCAACAUGGCAACUCCCGCUCACUUCAUGAAUGAGGAUGGUCAAAAUACACCAGGCUACCAACCAUGGCAAACACCGGAUCAUCAUAGGACGCCUCGAUCUAGUCACUCCAUAGAUGACGAGGAAGAUGAAUAA